GCAUGGAGACUGUUAUACUGUAGCCUUCACUAUAAGUGACAAUUAUUGUCACGAGAGGAAGGGAUGCAUUAUUUUUCUAACAAAAUAAAGAGGAAUGUAUGCAGGGAGUUUACCUAAUGCACAAGUGCGACGAAAAUCACUUUUGUCUCUUGCUUGUGUAAAGAAGCGCUUUUCUUGUUAAAGAACAGAAAAGGCUAUCCUGCACACGUGCAUUGUGGUAUUUUAUCAUCAGACACGAUAAAUAAUUUACCGCCGUGGGGGCAAAUGGAGUUGCAUAGAACAGCUAACCAAGGUCUGGAACACAUUAGAGGAUGCUCUGAAGAUACUGGAAGUAAAUCAUCACCACUUUUCUCUUUAUAGGAAGAUAUUCCAAUGGGAAUCAGUAUGUAGAAUCUUUCUGCAUAUUUUUGUUGAACAGCCCUUAUGACCAACAUGAGCUGGAGCUUUCUCACCCGUCUUCUGGAAGAAAUCCACAACCACUCCACCUUCGUGGGGAAAGUGUGGCUGACCGUGCUUAUAAUUUUUCGCAUUGUGCUCACGGCAGUAGGAGGGGAGUCCAUCUACUCAGACGAACAAGCUAAGUUCACAUGCAACACCAAGCAGCCUGGCUGCGACAACGUCUGUUAUGAUGCUUUUGCUCCUCUCUCUCACGUCAGGUUCUGGGUCUUCCAAAUCAUAAUGAUCUCCACCCCUUCCAUAAUGUACCUAGGCUAUGCCAUUCACAAAAUUGCCCGCAGUUCUGAAGAGGAGAGGAGGAAGUUUAAGAAGUUCCGGAAGAAGCCCCAUGCCAUCAAGUGGAGAGCAACUCAUACUCUCGAAGAAGUCUUGGAGGAGGAAGAAGAGGAGCCCAUGAUCUAUGAGGAAACCCUGGACGUCCAUGAGAUCAAGCCAGAGCACAAGCCACCAACCAGAGAGCAGCAGAAGCAUGAUGGCCGCCGUAGAAUAAUGCAAGAAGGGUUGAUGAAAAUCUAUGUGUUACAGCUUCUGGCAAGAGCAAUUUUUGAGGUAGGCUUUCUGGCUGGCCAGUACCUCCUGUAUGGUUUUAGGGUCAGUCCUUCAUAUAUUUGUUCCAAGAAUCCAUGUCCUUACAAAGUGGACUGCUUUGUGUCCCGACCCACAGAAAAGACCAUCUUCCUUCUCAUCAUGUAUGUGGUUAGCUGCCUCUGUCUGUUCUUAAACGUGUGUGAGAUGUUCCAUCUAGGUAUUGGCACCAUCCGAGACAUCAUCCGCAACAGGAGGAACAAGGACAAGCGCCCAUCCUACAGCUGCCCAUAUCCCAGGAACAUCCCUGCCUCUCCCCCAGGAUACAAUUUAGUAGUGAAGUCAGAAAAACCAAACAAGAUGCCCAAUAGUCUAAUCACACAUGAGCAGAACUUGGCAAAUGUGGCACAGGAGCAGCAGUGCACUAGCCCAGAUGAAAACAUACCCUCAGACCUGGCUAGCCUUCAUAGGCACUUAAGGGUGGCACAAGAGCAGCUGGAUAUGGCCUUUCAGACCUACAACAGCAAGAGUAACCCUCAGCCCUCCAGGACAAGCAGCCCUGCUUCAGGAGGGACUGUAGUGGAACAAAACAGGGUUAAUACAGCUCAUGAAAAACAAGGGGCCCGGCCCAAAUCCAGCACUGAGAAAGCAGGGUCUAUCAUUAAAGAUGGAAAGACUUCUGUAUGGAUUUAGAAAUUAUUUAAACGUGCUUAUGACAUUUUUUUUUGUUUUCAGAUGGUCUAAUUUUGCAGCACUGUUUCAAGGGUUGCUUACAGCUGCUUUAUGACAUUAAUUGCCAUAAAAAAAUGUUUGUGUGGGUGCCUGGAAAGGUCUGUAAAAAAACUUUGCUGAAGAGAGUUUCGAGAAUGUGCCUGAUCUGGUACAAAGACAUAAGAGGUGUUUUUUGCAUUUGUUGCAAACUGAAAAGUGUUGAAAAGAACAGCUGCUUAAAUGGUGGAAAUAGAGUUAAUUUAAAAUCAGAUUUUUAAGGUGCAUACUCACUCACUGCAUACUCAGUCACAUAGAUGAAUAUGACGGCUUUUAUACAUUUUCACUGCAGUAACAGAAAUGAAUAAUAGCUUAGCUCAGAAGGUAAGAAACUUUCUGGAUACAAUGUAUCCAAUUUGUUAAAGUUUAAUAAAUAUGAUUUUCUUUCUACGUAACCUAAUUGAACUGAAUAGAAAAUAGGCUUAAAUAAUAUAAGAGAAACAAACUGACAUCCAGAUAAAGCAACAAAGAGAAUGGAGACCCACAGGAUUAUGUUGAUAAAGUCUUUAUAGCUUCAUCCGUUCUAUUUUUUUCCUUCAACCUAUGUGUUUCAAAAUUCCAAAAGAUGCAGUACAAUUUUUCAGUGGAAAAUUGGCACGCGUAUAAACGGAAAAUGGUUGAUGUUCUGUUUAAGAAUCCGUGCCAAAAUGUACCUUACAAGACAAGAUGUGCAAAGUACCAUAAUUUUUUAUUCCCACUGAAAUAACAGUGCUGCAUCUCCUGUAAGCCUCAAAGGUAUUAUUUAUUAUUAUACAGCAAGCAUGGCUUAGACAGCGAGCCCUCCCUAACACAGAUGUUUUAUUAGAGUUAGUAUAUUCCUCCCUUGUGAUCAGUAACUUAGCUUACCUGUCAUUAUCCUAGGCAGCUAAUAACAAACCUAGUGUCAGAGCCUCUGGCUUAUGUUAGGGCAGCAUGGUGGUGCAGUGAUUACUAUUGCUGCCCUGCAGUGCUGGGGCCCUGGGUUCAGUUCCUGGGUUG